AUGCAGUGCAAGCCGGGGGAAGUGCGCGUGCUAGUUGCCAAAGGCAUUGCAGGAGGAGAGGGCCCGCAGCACUUCAUCGCGCUGCCAGACCCCAGGACAGGCCAGCUCUCCAGCUACCUCCUGACGGGCGGCUGCCUCCAGGAGGUCAACUGGUUCAAGCAGCAGUACAGCUCCUGGUUCAUAGGAAACAGCGUGGCGCAGGACGGCGGUCUUUACCUGGGCACACCCGUGGAUCCUCUGCUGGUGCUGCUGCCGCUGCUUGAGAAGGCCAGGGCCGAGCAGAAUGUUUUCCAGGACCUCGAGCAGAUACUCAGCAUGGCGGCCUCGCCGUCUGCCCACCUGCUGCUGCCGCUGCUGGGCAGCGGGGAACAGCUAGGGUGCCUGUGCGACGUGAAGUCGGCAGGGGGCCAGAACUAUUUCAGGCUGAAUGACGAGCGGGUGGUGGCGUGGCUGAGGCUGAAGGUUGACCAGGCCAAGGCCGCGAUGCAGGCUUCCCCCGCAGCAGCCUUCAGCAACAUGGAUGACGUGUCGCUCACAGCGUACGCAGCAGGGCUGCUGGGCGAGUACCUGGCACAGCACUGGCAGGACAGGCUGGCUGCGGCGCUCAACCUGCCAGAGGACUUGCCGCAGCGGGUGCACGCGGCGCCGCCCGCCGACUACGGCGCCCAGCCGUCUGAGAAAAAGGCAAGGAUGGAUCCCAAGGAGGCGGCCAAGGCCAAGGCGGCCGAGGCGCGGCAGGCGAACAAGGCGGCCAAGCUGGCCAAGGAGGCGUCUGGCAUGCGCAAGCUGUCCAGCUUCUUCGCGGCAAGGCCCGCGGCGGCCAAGUGA